CGAACCCUUGAGCACCGUUACAGCACCUGGCGCCAGUUCAAUAGAGAAAACCUAAACAUUUCAGAAGUGGCAUCUUCCUGUAACCAACUGCCAGGUGGUUCGUUGGGCAGAGCGGCUGCUGUUUCGCGUGCAAUUUUCUGUUCUACCCUUCAAGAUCCCAAUUAUCACGCGCGUUCAGUCACCGUUUAAAGUGCUACCCCGCCAUCAUUCGAUUUAGAAACGCGUCCGUUAACAACAAAGCCUCGAGCGCGAUAUCGCCUGUUUCUCACCACCAUUGAACCUGAAUCGGUGAGACCGCCUUUCGUCACGCACGCAAGUACAAACCGUCAAUCCAUUGUCUUGUCCCGAACCAUGGUUCGAUAAUCAGGCUUUCCCUGCCAACCAACUCUCUCGGCGCGUGUCAUCGCCGGGUCCUUUUUGUCGUUCAGUCCGAUGCGGUACCAAUCGGCCGGGUUCCAGAAUGCCGACUACACACGUCGAACCGGGCGCCGAGGCCCUACUACAAGAAAUUGCGAAUUCGGUUUGGAAAGCUCGGAAGAUCGUCGUCAUCACUGGCGCGGGCAUCAGCACGAACUCGGGCAUCCCUGACUUUCGGUCGGAAAAUGGGCUAUAUUCAUUGAUUCAAGCCCAGUUCGAGGCCGCGCGGCGGCAAGACCUUGGUACUAGCAGCGAUAACGACUUGUCCAACGUAUCUCGAGAAGACAGGCCCGCGAAACGCCGGCGGCUAUCGCGCGCUGGCUCCCCAGAGAGCAAUGAGAGACUGUUUCCAGGGCUAGGGAAAAGCACACAAGAUGCCAGUGCCCAGUCGGGAGGAGGACAAGGUGGCAUGCUAGGGGAGGAUCCCUCGAGAGUCACGGCCAAUGCGCCACACCUUUUCUACAACACAGGUUCCUCGAAAGGCAGCCAGAGCGGGCCGGAUAUGAUGGCAGAUCAGGAACGGGGCGCAUCUUUCGACCAACUCCCAGCACCCGCACUGACCCCGCCCGCGAUCCAAACCCCCGUCUCCAACCAUAUCUCUAUCGAGACGCAAGGGGCGUACGGCAACCGUCCCACCGAGGAGGCACAUGUACCGUUCGCCUCGUCACCUCCCUGCCUUAGUCUCGAAACCGUACACCUCCAGCGCAGGCCAGACUUAAUGAACCUACAAACACGCAGCUCCUCGCCGCUCUCUUCUCCCCCUCCGAUUACAUACGACCCCUACCAAGAGUCUCAGGGCGAUCCAUCAAGCUCGCCCCCUAGCCAAGUCGGAAAUUCCUCCCGGUCCCCUAGUGAAGGACCGUCCUCUGUUUCAACUCCGCCCCUGACCUCACAAACCUCUUUUGCGUCUUCCUCCAGCAGGAAUUCAUUACCUAACAUGAAGGGGCGAGAUUUGUUCGAUGCCCAGAUCUGGUCCUGCCCUAUCAAGACCUCCGUCUUUUACACCUUUGCUACCACACUUCGGCAAAAGGUGCGUAGCGCUGAGCCGACAAGCAGUCACCGCUUCAUCAGCGUGCUUCGCGACAGCAGGAAACUAGUCCGAUGUUAUACCCAAAACAUUGACCAGCUGGAGGAACGCGUGGGUUUGACCACCUCGUUGUCGCUUGGUGCGGGAAGCCGUUACCGCUUCUCUGCCCGGGCUGGGCGCAAACCUGAUGGAGCUAGGACUUCCAUGAAGGCAGCCGAGACCUCUGUGGACCCUGCCCAGGGGUCAUCACAGCAAGGAGAGGAGCAGCAGCCCGAGUCUCAACCGUUGGAGAAGCCGCAAACCAACCUGGGGUCAGCUGAUUCUAGUGAAUCUGACGGCGCAGGCACGGUACCAUCUUCACUGUCAGGCCCUGAUCCAAGUAGCACCCAAGAUGAAACCCAAGCCUCGAUCCCCUCAGCUGCAGCCGCCGCACCCGCCCCGGCAUCCCCGAACCGUGGCGUCGAAUGUGUCUUCCUGCACGGGUCCCUCGCCAAACUUCGCUGUUUCGUAUGCGCACGCACCGCGUCGUGGGAUGAGGAAGCGCGCCAGGCAGAUACCCUCGCCGGCCGGCAGCCGACCUGUCCCCAUUGCGCCGGAGCUGCCGCGGCUCGGGAGGAGAAAGGGAAGCGGGCGCUCGGAGUGGGCAAACUGCGGCCCGAUAUCGUCCUCUACGGCGAGGAAAAUCCCUGUACACAGUUCAUCAGCCCUCUAAUCCAGCACGACCUCUCCCUUGGCCCAGACAUGCUCCUGAUAAUGGGGACUAGCAUGCGCGUUCACGGGCUUAAGGUGCUCGUGAGGGAGUUUGCCAAGGCGGUGCAUGAUCGGGGAGGCAAGGUUGUUUUGGUGAACUUUACGAAGCCGCCGGAUAGUGUUUGGGCUGAGGUUAUUGAUUACUGGGUCCAGUGGGAUUGUGAUGCUUGGGUUAAUGAUCUCAGAACGAGGAAGCCGGCUCUGUGGCUGCCGCCUGAUGCUCCCCUUCCCGAGGAGGAGAAACAGAAACCUAAGAAACCAUCACGCAGGCAGAGCGGGGAUGAGCACGGCAAGCAGCGGGAGGGUACUGAGAAGACCUCUGGGAAAGCGAAGCGGGGCCGGAGUUCGCUGGUUGGCGAGGAGAGCGAGCGCGGCGGUGCAUCGACUGAACAGGAGCAGAGGGAAAUCUAUCCGUCUUCGCAACUACACGGCAUGCCGCCGCCACGCCCAUCGGGCCAGACGUUGCCCAAGAGAUUUGCCAACACCUACAGAGAGCCAAGACUGAACCCCAACGCGAAACGGCCUGCAGCGAUUCGCGACCACAAGCUCAACGGCGCGUACCUUGUGUGGAAGAUCAUGUCAGAACUUCGCCGUGUAACUGGCGGCAACCCACCUUCGUCUGCUGCACAGUCUCCUAGCGGGACACCUAGAACCGCCAGGCCGAGGCCAAAAGGGCCUCGUAAAUCAGCCCCCUCAGCCUCCAUGUCCCUAGAGGUCAAGCCCGAGCAAGUUUCGGUCGCGGAUCCCUUUCCACCCCUGCCUGCGGAUCAGAAGAAACCGAGCGCCGCGGUGUCAUCCCCAGUUCCCCCGAAACAACCUGACGGAAGUGUUGAGUCGGUCGUUUCAGCGCAGGCCGAGUCUAUCUCGGCUGCGGUUAAGAGCCGCAAGCGCAAGCAAACAGUAUGGCGGAUGAUCGGUGGCGUCGAGACCAAGGUCUCUCUCGCCCCUGAGAGCGAAAACAUGUCACCGUUGCCUACCACAACGGCUAGGUUCAGGCCCUCCCCGCAACCAUCAACCCAACUUCACAUGCGCACCCUACCGCUACCGAUACCCACCAAGCCUGCCCAAUCCAUCUCACUCCGGUCCAGCCACAGCACACCAACCUCCACCAUGACCGACCAGUUCGGGACAAUAAUCAACAACAACUUCCGCGAAACCGACCGGCUCAUCGCGCAGCUGCAGCUGCAUCGCGAAUCGUCACCACACAUUCCCUCACCGAACCCGAUGGUAUCAAGGCCUAGCACGCCGCCGGUGCCGGUGCCUGUUCGACUUGCGCCUCUCAAAAUCCCGCCUGCUACUGGUACUUCCGCCGGGACUGUUGACCGGCAACAGGAAACCGUCUCACCCAAGCUGGCGACGCUGGAACCGAAUAUCCCCUCCCCCGGCCCGGGCGCGGCGGCGAUGAUGAUAUUGUGUGAUGUCGGCUCGCCUUCGCCUGCUGAGACAAUUGCUGCGUCGCGCGAGCGGAGGGAGAGAAGGCUGAGUUGGGCUACUGCUAUGGGUGAUCCGUUCUUCUUUGCUGAUCCGCUGGGUGGGUUGGGCCACCUGGGCGGGCUUGGUGGGACGGGGGGGUUGGCGUACCCGCCGAGCUGGACACACGCACACCAAGGCCAAGAGGGGAGGCAGGUGCAUGGUAUAGUGGGAGCACCAGGAGGGGAGGAAUGUGACAGUGGUGGGAGUGCCGGUAGGAUCGAAGAAGGUCCGGAUGAGCAGCUCAGAAAAGAGCAGGAGGUCGCGCUGAUGCUGUCUACCAUGCGAGGGACGUGAUGGAUACUUACUGGCGGGAGUGGUUGUGAAGCGGUGGUGAAUUGAUUGGAGGGCCAAGUUGUGACGGUCCCUUAGAAGCCGAGGGACCUUCUUGUGUAGGCGUAUGCAUGUUUGGUUGGGCCAUACGGGAAUGAUUUGCUCCGCAUCAUCAGAUAGGAAAGGGCGUCUUCAUGUUGGGUUGAUUUUGUUGGGUUAUACUGGAUCUGGACGGGAUUUGGAGGAGCACGCUGUUUGCUGGGGGCGUUGGGGAGUAUUCUCGGCGUGGUGUUUGAGAGGAUGUACGGCGUGGCAUCUACGGCGUUGGACCGGAGUCCCGUCUAUAGGCGACGGCCCAUGUUAGAGUAUAACUGUCAUCGAACAUUAACUCGAGAACAUGAACGCCAGCUAGGUUUAUCUAUC